CCAACUGGGAGAUUUAUAUUCCUCAACUUAACAUACUUCAGUAAUGGUUGUUUCUGUCUGUGAUUUCUACUUGCUCAGGGAGGCAGAAUCCUGGUGCACUAACCUGAGAGUGUUAUGUCCAAAAUACCCCGUCCACUUGCACUGGCUUGGGCACUUCCAGCACAUAAAGAAGGCAGUGACAUUUGAGGAUGUGGCUGUGAACUUCACCAUGGAGGAGUGGGCUUUGUUGGAUCCACCCCAGAAGAAGCUCUACAGAGAUGUGAUGUGGGAAAACUUUAGGAAUGUGACUGCUAUAGGAGAAAACUGGGAUGACCAGCAAAUUGAAGAUGAGUAUAAAAAUUACAGGAAAAUUCAAAGAAAUACAGAGGUAGAUAAAUGCUGUCAAUAUAAAUUAUGGUAUCAAUAUGCAGAAAUGCUUUUUAUGACUCCUGACACAAAUGUGCACAUGAAACUGCUUGAUACAAAACCAGGUGAAAGCCUUGCAUGUGGAAAGCCACUGGUUGGUCAGUCGUCACCAACCAUGCCCAUCAUGCAUAACAGUGGACUCAAGUUACAUGAGCUCCAUGGAUUUGAAGAGAAGCUGUCUAUCUGUAAUAGACAUGGGAAAACCUCCACUGACUUGCAGUCCUUUCAGAAACAUGCAAAGACAAAUUCUGAAGAAAAACCACGUGGAUAUAAGAAAUGUGGAAAAUCCUACUCUGAUUACAGUGAAGGAAAUAAUGAUAAAGAGAAAUCCUUUGUCUAUAAUCAAGAGGUGAGAGCCUUCAGUACACCUAACUAUGUUCAAAUCCAGGACAGAAAUCAUGGAAGGGUGAACACUUGUGUAUGUAUACAGUGUGGUAAAGGUUUGAAUUCUCACCAUAAUAUUCAGAAACAUGAAAGAACUCACACUGGAUCAAAAUCCUAUGUAUAUCAAUACUGUUGGAAAUCCUUAAAUAAUAGCACAUCAUUAGGUAAUCAUGAAAUAACUCACACUGGGGGACAACCCUGUGUAUGUAAGCAAUGUGGGAAAGGUUUCUGUACACAGAAUCCUUGUCAGAGUCAUGAACAAACUCACACUGGGGAGAAAUCUUAUAUAUGCAAGCACUGUGGUAAAGCUUUUGGCAAACAGUGUCUUUGUCAGAGACAUGAACGAACUCACCUUGGGGAGAAACGCUAUGUUUGUAAGCAAUGUGGGAAAGCUUUCAGCACACAAAGUCAUUGUCAGAGACAUGAACUGAUUCACAGUGGGGAAAAACCCUUUGUGUGUAAGCAAUGUAGGAAAGCUUUCAGCACACAGAGCUCUUGUCAAAGGCAUGAAAGGACCCACACUGGGGAGAAACCAUAUGUCUGUAAGCUAUGUGGGAAAGCUUUCGGCACACACAGUGUAUGUAAAAUACAUGAAAGGACUCACACUGGGGAGAAACCCUAUGCAUGUAAACAGUGUGGGAAAGCUUUCAUCAGGCACAGUGAAUGUAAAAUACAUGAAAGAAUUCACACUGGGGAGAAACCCUAUGUGUGUAACCAAUGUGGGAAAGGGUUCAGCACACAGAGUCGUUGUCAAAGACAUGAACAAACUCACAGUGGAGAGAAACCCUAUGUGUGUAACCAAUGUGGGAAAGCUUUCAGCACACAGAGUCAUUGUAAAACACAUGAAAGGACCCACACUGGGGAGAAACCCUAUGUAUGUAAGCAAUGUGGGAAAGCUUUCAGGACACAGAGUCUUUAUAAAACACAUGAACGAACUCACACUGGAGAGAAACCCUAUGCAUGUAAACAAUGUGGGAAAGCUUUCAGCACACGUAAGAAUUGUCAAAGGCAUGCAAAGACUCACACUGGGGAGAAACCCUAUGCAUGUAAACAAUGUGGGAGAGCUUUCAGCAGGCACAGUGAAUGUAAAAUCCAUGAAAGAACUCACACUGGGGAGAAACCCUAUGUGUGUAAGCAAUGUGGGAAAGCUUUCAGCACACACAGAUAUUGUCAAGAACAUGAAAGGACUCACUCUUGGGAGAAACCCUACAUAUGUAAGCAAUGUGGGAAAGCUUUCAGCACACACAUUUAUUGUCAAAGACAUGAACGGACUCACACUGGGAGUAAACCGUAUGUAUGUAAGCAAUGUGGGAAAGCUUUCAGGACACAGAGUCUUUAUAAAAUACAUGAACGAACUCACACUGGGGAGAAACCCUAUGUAUGUAAGCAAUGUGGGAAAGCUUUCAGGACACAGAGUCAUUGUAAAACACAUGAAAGGACCCAUACUGGGGAGAAAAAGUAUGUGUGUAACCAAUGUGGGAAAGCUUUCAGCAGGCACAGUGAACGUAAAAUACAUGAAAGGACUCACACUGGGGAGAAACCCUAUGCAUGCAAACAAUGUGGGAAAGCUUUUACUAGACAUAGUCGUUGUCAAAGACAUGAGAGGAAUCACACAGUGUAGAAACCUUGUGUAUGUAAGCAAUAUGGAAAAGCCUUCAGUAACUCACAAUCAUCAUAGACAUGAAAAUAUUUGGGAGGAAAUUAACACUAUAUAAAGUGACUUGCACUGGCAUGAAAGUUCAGUGCAGAGAAGCCUUUCUGAUAUUUAAAAAAUCAAUACACAGAUAUUACUACAUAUGUAAAAGAAUUCAGAUAAUCUCAACAUAUGUGCAAAAUGUGGGAAAUGUUUUAUUUUUCUUCAUACAAGUUCAUGAAAAAAUCCAUAUGAGAGUGAAGCCAUUUGUAUGCAAUAAAUAUGGGAAACCCUCCCAUUUUUUUCCACCUACCUUGAAAAUCAUGAAAGAAUCCCCACUGAAGUGAAAGCCUAUGUAUGUAAUAUCUGAAAGCAUUUCAUGAUUCUCAUAACAUCAGAAACAGUGCACAAACUGAAAAAGAGAUUUAGUAUAAAUACUGAAUGUGAGAAAGCUAGGAAUUAGAGUGACAGAGACAGAGAGGUGGGUUAGCAAUGAGAUACACUUUCAAAGAGACAGUCUUCCUCCAAUAGAUUGGUGGAUUAAUGCACUGAUGAGGCUGGAAAUUGCAUAAUAAUGUUAAAUUCAGAAUAAUAAUUAUUACACCCAAGUCUUCAGUACAUGGCCCUCAAGGGGCAUUUUACAUGCAAGCCAUUGCCAAAGUGUUUUUCUUACAGAGUACAAACUGGCAUAACAAAAAAAUCAAAAUGUUAAAUACAUCCCAUAGUGAGUACAGUGAUUGAUACAGUGCCACAUAGCAUUACAGUUUGCUAGAAGUUGUUACUAUUGUUUUCUUCAUAUACCCAAAAGGUAAUUGUCUCAGGUGAUGCAAAUGUGGUAAUUUGAAGAAUUAUGAAGAACUAUGAAGAAUGUGGUAAUUUCACCAUAUAAACAGUAACACAUUGCACUGUACACUUUCAAUAUAUGAUUUUUGUUUAAUAAAAUGAAUACAAUUAAGUUUAGCAAAAA